AUUCCCGCCAAUAUUAAGCAUUCCACUUCCGGUGCCGAUUAUCUUGUUAAUCAGCCUUUGGGGAAAGAUUAAGGAACCGGGUUCUUGACCAAUUCGACAUUCGCGAUCGCUUUCGCGAAAACCUCCUUCACCAUAUAUCCACUACUCUCCCACAGUCUGCUCGAGCAGCCGAGCAGUCACUUAGACGGCAUGCCUUGUAAACCUGAAGGGCUGGUCCUGACCGUGGACCCUAACGUCAUCCACAAGGUUGACACCAACAACCCCCAGAAUCUCUUUAGCAUGUGGACUGUGUUCUCCAGAUGCGCCGAUUCAGUCGAGCAAGGUCGAAGAUUAGAAAAUCUUAGCUGGCGAUUAUGGAAUAGGGAAACCUUCUGCUGCGAAGCCAAGGAAUUAUCUGCUACUUCCGCUACAUCAUUGCCCAAAGAUAUCCCCGUCCAACAACAAAUAUCAGAUGUACCCCAACUAUCAGGAAGCGUCGAUUCCGUCGUCGACGAAGAAGCAAUCGAUUUCACAACCAUCUCCGACCCCAUGGAAAUUGUCCGUCCUCGAAUUGUUCGACAAGACUCUUGUGCUAGCAGCCGAAGCAGGGGCCGUGAGCGGCAUAUUACUUCGGACCACCUCGAGAAGAUGGUGGUUUCUAUCAUCCAGGAGAAGGAGCCGAACCUGGCACCUCUGCCAGCGAUGAGCUCUCCCUCGAUCGAAUCAUCGUCAGAUGCUUCCCAAUCCUCCAGCUCAGAAUCAGAACAGACCCCCGAAACAGAAACCAGCGAGUCUACCAGCGAGUCUACCAGCGAGCCAGCCAAUGCGCCGCCCCCGUCGCACUCGAAACCCGCAGAAAUUCCUGCCACUACAGUCAUCCGAGGCUUCUCGCCGUCACAAGUACCAUCAUUCCGCGUAUCCCACGAGCCUAAGUCAGCUGCACAGGACCCAAUUCCCGAACCUCAGUCAUCUCCCGCUCCCAAGCCGGUGCAGCUUAAGAAGCAGCCUGCGAAGUUCAAGCUUGGUGACUCCUCCAGCAAUGAGUCCUCACCACAGAGUGUACAGCCUCGCAAGGCUCUACCACCACCUACUAAGAGGCCAAUGUUUGAAGUUGGCGUUGGUUCAUCUGGUGAAGAUGAGAGCCCAUCUCUUAAGAGCGCCGUGCACUCUUCUCGAGCGGGCUCUAUGCUCAAUUGCCAGAAGAAGCAGACCUCGUUCAACAACCAGGUCACAAUGAGGACAAUCCAGACACCUAGCGACCACUCCGACAGCUACAUGGAUGAAAGCGCCAUUGAUGAUGACGAGGAUGAUUCUGAGUGGGAAGACUCUAUCGAGGAGAGUGGCAAAUCUAGCAUUGAUGAUGCAGUCACAUUCAAACGAGUCCCGUCGAAACCGAACCUUACCUCUCAAAGAUCACUGAUCAGCCUUAUGUUCGCUGGACAAGAAGAACGAGCCAAGGGUCUCAGCAACUACGCGUCUCACUCGACGCCUGCCAUUCCGCAACGCGCGCGAAUGCUUCAAAACGCCUCGAACAUGAACAUGGUGUCUUCCCCUAACGAUUCCGACAAUGGACUCGAGAUGCGAAGAGGUUUACGACCUACGCCAUUGAAGCCUAUUACCGAGGUCCCGAGAACAGGUGCUCAGCCCAUCAUGGUCAACCCCCAGACCCACCACUAUCACCAGGCCGCGUUAUCACCUAGGACCACCCGACGGAACAUGCUAGCCACAGAAUUGACCGAAUCGCUUCGCCGUCAGCUUCUAUGGGAACGACAACAAAAGUCGUCUACCGCCAAUGCCGUCCUAAAAAGGCGGCAUACCUCCCUUGAUGUGGCCAACUUGAAGCAGUUUCCCGAGAAGGCCUAUAUGAACAAGAAGCGCCAAGAAGAGCCCAACUCCAGCAGCUGGAACCAAUACUUUUCCCGCGAAGAAUUCGGCGGCUACCACGCCCAGGGUUGGUAAUCAUUAUCUCCCCUAUCCUACGAAGCUCGACAGAAUAUACCCUCAAUCGAGUUGCUGGCAUGCACUCGACGGCAGAUCCACAGGCUGCCUUGUACUAUUUUAUUUUUUCUUAUUUUCAUUUUUUUUCAUGAAGCAUUGCGAAACUGGUUGCUUUCUACGAUACCGAUUGCAUUGCAUGAGGCCCGGCGUUUAAUGAUGUUGUUUAAUCACGAGGCGUACCAUCGCCGAUAAUCACACACUGCAUGGUUAUCUAGUGGGUUGGUUUCGGACCAAUCACGGUGUGGCCUCACCGUUACAGCGCAUAGGCUGGUUGCUUUACGGUCCGCUUGAGACUUAUCGUCGUGUCUAUGGCACUCGCCUUUAGUUUUCAUGUUUAUUUGGCACUAAUCGGCGUUGCUA